UAUCAGUACAUGUAAUCAGAUAUAUACCAGCAUCAGAACACCACUAUUAUUAAAAAGAGAGAGAGAUGACUCAUUACUAAAAACCGCUUGAACUCUCCAACCCACAGAUACACACAUCUAAUUAUGUAUAUAUAGCCAACUUGCUAUGCAUUUCUACAUCUCUCUAUUAAGUUCUUGACACUUUUUGUUUUUUCUCCUUUUUAUUCUCAUUUUAUAGCUAGUACUACCUAAUAAAAAUGCCAAAUUUUAGACCAUUUCUUCACUUCACCGCUAUUCUCAUUCUUCUUCUCAUCAACAAUUGUGAGCUAAUUCAUUGCCACACCAAAGGGCUUAGGCCAAAGAGAAGUGCAUGGAAGAAGCAAUUAACAGUGAACAUGACACAAGUUCAACAUUCUGAACAACAAUUUAUGCAGUGGGUACAAUUUGUUGGAAGCUUAAAGCAUUCCCUCUUCAAGACAGCCAAAAAUAAAUUGUUCCCUUCUUACACACUCACUGUUGAUAAUAAUCCUGCUCAUGGAGAUUUUACUUCAAUUCAAAAAGCCAUUGAUUCUCUUCCAUUUGUCAAUCUUAUUAGAGUUGUUAUCAAGGUCCAUGCAGGAGUUUACACGGAGAAAGUAAAUAUACCUCCAUUCAAAUCAUUCAUAACCAUACAAGGAGCAGGAGCAGAUAAAACAAUAAUUCAAUAUGGAGAUACAGCACAAACUGUUGGUCCAAAUGGAAAACCCCUUGGCACUUUUGGUUCAGCUACUUUUGCUGUGAAUUCACCUUAUUUCCAGGCCAAGAAUAUUACUUUCAAGAACACAACACCAGUGCCACCACCAGGAGCAGUAGGAAAACAAGCAGUAGCAUUUAGAAUAUCAGCAGAUACAGCAGCCUUUGUGGGGUGUAAAUUCUUGGGGGCACAAGAUACACUUUAUGAUCAUUUGGGCAGACAUUAUUACAAAGAUUGUUAUAUUGAAGGCUCUGUGGAUUUCAUCUUUGGCAAUGCCCUUUCUUUUUUUGAGGGAUGUCAUUUGCAUGCAAUAGCACAGGUAACAGGUGCAGUAACAGCACAAGGAAGGAGCAGUAUGUUGGAGGACACUGGUUUCAGUUUUGUGAACUGUAAGGUCACGGGGUCAGGUGCAUUGUACCUAGGUAGGGCAUGGGGUCCCUUCUCUAGGGUCAUCUUUGCUUAUACUUACAUGGACAACAUUAUCAUCCCUAAAGGCUGGCAUAAUUGGGGUGACCCUCUUCGUGAGAUGACUGUAUUUUAUGGGCAAUAUAAAUGUAGUGGACCAGGGGCAAGUUUUGCAGGAAGAGUUUCAUGGUGCAGAGAGUUAACUGAACAAGAAGCUAAGCCUUUUAUUUCACUUAGCUUUAUUGAUGGCUCUGAAUGGAUCAAUUUUUAAUAAAUCAAUUUUCUGCCUUACAAGUUUUUAUUUUAUUUUUUAUUUUGGCGUACUAUGUAAAAUCCAUGUAUCUUGUAGUUGUUCAAAGAGUCAUAGAGUACAAAAAUCUUUGUAAGAAUAAUGAAAAUUUAAAGAGUAUAACACGAGGUGACAUUUUCUUUUGAAUGGAA